AUGCCGCUCCUCCACCUCUCGCUUCCGCCGCACCGUCUCCUCGUCGGCCGGCGGCGGCUAUUCGCCCCGCCGACGCCUCCUCCCUCUCGUAUCUCGAUAAGGUUUCCCUCGUUGAUAUCGUCGGCCGCGGAGGAUGGAUGCGAUCUCCCCUUCCCUCCAGAGCGCGCUCCCCACCACCGCGAGCUCGCCGCGGCCGCCGCCUCUGUCGAGCGCGCCUGCCGCCUCUGCGUAGACGUGAAGAGAUCACUUCUUUCAGGUGGAAGGAAGAUUCUUGAAAAGAAUGACCAAAGUCCUGUGACAACUGCAGAUUUUGGAGUUCAGGCCCUUAUCAGCUUCGAGCUCCAGCAACUGUUUCCAUCAAUACCUCUGGUGGCAGAAGAGGACUCAACAUUUCUGAAGUCAUCUAAUCCUGAUGAUAACAGUGGUAAUGUACUCAUUGAGUCAAUUUCAAGUGCUGUCGCAGGCAAAGUGAAAAAUAGUUGUUCACCUUUAACUCAUGAUGAUGUGUUGAGAGCUAUUGAUAGAGGAGGCAAGGAUGCUGUCUCCUUUGAUUCAAAUCCUGCUACUUACUGGGUACUUGAUCCAAUUGAUGGCACUAAAGGUUUCUUGAAAGGAGAUGAUGCUCUGUAUGUGGUCGGUUUGGCUCUUGUGGUGAACGGAAAGAUAGCAGUAGGAGUGAUGGGAUGUCCAAACUGGACCAAUGGUACCACGGCAAACAAGAAAGAAGAAAAUCUUGAUCCCUGUCCUAGCAAUGGCAUCCUUAUGGUGUCUCAUGUAGGCUGUGGUACUUGGUCUAGGCACUUGUCUCCUGAGAUUGGCCAGUUCACCACAGCACAGGAUGUUUGGAAGAGAUGUUUUGUUGAUGCAUGUUCAGUUGUGCACAUGGCACGCUUCUGCAUUCCGGAUAGCCAAACUUGGAACAUGAUACCAUUAUCCCUCCUCUUUGACUCAACGACGGACGAAUCUGAUACUCGAGAUGAGAAUAAAAUUCUUCUCCGAUAUGCUUGCUGUGGCAGCUUGUGCAAAUAUAUAAUGGUAGCAUCUGGGAGAGCCUCAGUUUUUUUCAGUCGAGCACGGGUGAACACUCAAAUCAAGGCUUGGGAUCAUGCUGUUGGGAUGAUUUGUGUGCAGGAAGCUGGAGGUCAGAUCAGUGACUGGAGUGGGAAACCGUUGGAUCUUGCAGCUGACCUAACAGGGCGCAGAAUUCUUUACCCUUCAGGCGGUGUUCUUGUGACAAACGGUGCUCUGCACGACAAGCUCGUCGAACUGAUCUCAGCAGACUACAAAUAG